AAGGUCAUUACCGUACACGUGAAUGCAACGCCAAUAUUUUCAAAAUUUGUUCGACAAGUUUUCAUUAUUCAAAAUAUGACAGAAGCAUCGGAGAUUAAUCUUUCCGAUAUCAAAGGACCAAUUGAUGUCAACACUCCAAUCACCAAUCACCGAACCGCGUUGAUUCAAAAUUACUCCACGAAACCUAAAUUGACAUAUCAAACUGUUUUCGGAGUCAAUGGACCACUUGUCAUCGUUCACAAUGUUAAAUUUCCAAUGUUCAAUGAAAUCGUAAAGAUCACACUUCCAAAUGGACAAAUUCGAAUGGGACAGGUUCUGGAGUCUUCAAAGAACAAGGCAGUUGUGCAGGUUUUCGAAGGAACAACCGGAGUUGAUGCAAAGUUCACAACGUGCGAGUUUACUGGAGAUAUUUUCCGAAGCCCCGUGUCACUUGACAUGCUUGGAAGAAUCUUUAAUGGAUCCGGGAAACCCAUCGACAAAGGACCACCUGUCCUCCCAGAAGAUUAUUUGGACAUCAAUGGACAACCAAUCAACCCAUUUAAUCGAAUCUAUCCAGAGGAAAUGAUCCAGACUGGGAUUUCAGCAAUUGAUGUCAUGAAUUCUAUUGCUCGAGGACAGAAAAUCCCGAUUUUUUCUGCUGCGGGACUUCCACAUAAUGAAAUCGCCGCUCAGAUUGUUCGUCAAGGAGGUCUUGUUCAGUUGCCAGGUCGCAAUAAUGAAACAGUUAACUUUGCGAUCGUCUUCGCCGCUAUGGGAGUUAAUAUGGAAACUGCCCGUUUCUUCAAACAGGACUUCGAGGAAUGUGGAUCUAUGGACAACGUGUGCUUGUUCCUGAAUUUGGCGAAUGAUCCAACAAUUGAACGUAUCAUCACACCACGUAUUGCUCUCACUGCAGCCGAGUUCUUUGCAUAUCACUGCGGGAAGCAUGUUCUAGUAGUACUUACUGAUAUGUCGUCCUAUGCUGAAGCACUGAGAGAGAUCUCUGCUGCUCGUGAAGAAGUUCCUGGACGUCGUGGAUUCCCUGGGUACAUGUACACGGAUUUGGCAACGAUCUAUGAAAGAGCUGGUCGUGUGAAAGGUCGUGAAGGAUCCAUUACACAAAUUCCGAUCCUAACUAUGCCGAAUAACGACAUUACCCAUCCGAUUCCCGAUCUCACUGGAUACAUCACUGAGGGUCAGAUCUACAUCGACAAGCAGCUUCACAAAAGGUUGAUCUAUCCACCAAUCGAUGUCCUCCCAUCAUUGUCUCGCCUUAUGAAGUCAGCUGUUGGAGAGGGAAUGACACGGGAAGAUCAUUCAGAUCUUUCAAAUCAGCUUUACGCGUGUUAUGCUAUGGGAAAAGAUGUCCAGGCGAUGAAGGCUGUUGUUGGCGUGGAAGCACUAUCUCCUGAUGAUCUGUUGUACCUGGAGUUCCUUGCGAAGUUCGAGAAGAAUUUUAUUGCACAAGGACGCUAUGAAAACAGAACCAUCGUCGAGUCUCUGAAUAUUGGAUGGGAACUUUUGAGAAUCUUUCCAAGAGAAAUGCUCAAAAGAAUCCCGGAAACUCUCUUAGAGAAAUAUUAUAAAAGAAAGAAGCAAUAGGAUCUCAUCUACAUCGCAUUGAAUUUAUAAUUUUUAUUGUUUAUUUACAGUAUUAGCAUUAUUUCAAAAAUAAAGGCUUUAAUGUUCA